AUGGCUCCGGCCCCGGUCUCCCGUCGCCUCAAGGCCUCUUCGGGGAACUCGGGCCUCUCGGAUCCCCUCCCCGGAGCUCGUCAGUCCCCCAGCUCGGCUACACACGGGCGUCCACCGUCCCGGCCCGCAGCCGUCAGGCCCGUCACCACGCAACAGUCACCAGCUCCAAGGGCCUUGGGAGGCCUACGCCGGGUGCGGGUCCUUCCCCGUUCCCUCCUUGCUGGCCUAGAGAGCCCAGAUGGGAGUGUGGCAGGUGAAGGAGAUCGCCUUGUGCCCGUGGGCGGUCACUCACCUCUUCCCUCUUUCCCGGGAGGGGCGGUGCUGGGGCUCGUUUCCCCCGCCCCCCCAAACGCUUCCUGGCUGCCCCUGCUCAGCCUCAGAGCCUUGCCGCGGCCGCCGGCUUACUCCAUAGCCUUCUCCACCCGCGCGGCCUCAAAGGAACCCGAGCGCUAGCUGACCGCGGUCCUUUUGACUCCGCGAUUCCGUAGCCUUGGCAGCCGGAGUAGGCUUCCGAGGCCAGGACCGAGCGAGCAGAGUUUCGUUAGCCCUAAAGGUGGCUUCUGCCGGAAAAGGAGGACAGGAUGCUCUAGUCCUUAAGCUACUCAGCUAUGGGAUGAUAUUAUUCACUCCCUUCAGACUCAGGUGGAAAUAAAAAAGAAGCAUCAUUGACGAACAUACAAGAACUGUUUUACUGGCUCUGAUGCUGUUGAUGUAGCAUCAAGUCAUCUUAUGCAAAACAUGUGCUUAAGUAGUAAUGACACCUCUCCUCUUAAAGGAGUUUGUCUUUGCCAAGUUCUAACGAAUCAUCAAGUACUUGAACCAGUAGGAAUGAAGCUACUGAAAAAUGAAAAGGAACUCUAAUUUGAAGAUUAAAACAGUAGUCCCAACAAGUUUCUAGGCAAUAAAAUUAUCCAUACAGUAAGUGGAAAUGUGGUUAUACCUCCAAAUAUCACAACCUGUGACAAACCUGUUCUCUCACUUUCAAAAGAAGGUCGGUCCUCUGCAGAGUUCCUCUUUGCUUGCAAUGGGGACUGUUUAGACCUUUAA